UCGAGUCAAGUAUGCCCAUGUGCUUUGCUGCAAGAGCACGGCUGUCUGACUGUUGAGUGUUUUGUUGAUUUAUUAUUUUAAUUUAAUUAUCAAAUAAGAAGGCAAAAUGGCAACUGCGCCGAAUGUCACAGUGCCCAAAUCACAAAUUCGUGCCAUACCUGGUACGAAACCUGCAACGCGCAAUGCCCAACUUCUUGUGUCAUCUGGAAUUCCAUCGCUUGAUCACUUUAUUGGAGGUGGAGUGCCAAUAGGAUCGAUACUCUUAGUUGAAGAAGAUCCAUACAACACCUAUGCAAAGGUUAUAUACAAAUACUUCAUAGCUGAAGGUAUCGAAUGUACACAUUCAGUUUUUGUUGCAUCACAAGAUGCAAAACCGGAACAAAUUUUGAAAGAACUACCAGCAGUAGUGAAAGAAGAUGAACCCAAACAUAGGCCUAAAGUGCCGUCUGCCAAAGACGAUGAAAUGAUAAUUGCAUGGAGAUAUCAAAACAUGAAAAUUGUGGAUUCAUCACCCGGUGACAAAUCCAUUUUUGGACAUUACUAUGACUUAACUAAAAAUAUUUCAAAGGAAGCUUUGGAAAAGGCAAACAUUACGACGUGGAACGGUGAAAAUAUACAAUGCCAAAAUAAUCUCUUUGAAAAUGCUGCCUACUACGAUCUUUUGUUGAGCAUAGACAAAACUAUUCAACAGGGAAACUUUUCAAUAUCUCAAACAGCUAGUGAAAGAAAUAUUUUGAGGAUAGCGAUCCAAUGUAUUGGUUCCAGAAUGUGGAUGUCUGAUACAGAAGAAAAAACAAGCAAAGAUUUGGUCAAAUUUGUGUAUAUGUUGAGAGCUUUACUUCGUGAAUCAUAUGCAGUUGUUAUUUUGACUAUUCCUCCUCUUAACUAUGAAGAAACAACGACUGUACAAAGAGUUGAACAUCUAUCAGACAUAGUAGUCAAUUUAGAAUCUUUUGCUGGAUCUGCCAAAGAAACCAAUCCAGUAUUCAAAGAUUAUCACGGCUUGUUGAACGUGAAGAAGCUUCCAGCAUUCAAUACAUUGGUUUCUCAAGAAUUGCUGUACUCUGAUCUGGCGUUCAAGCUGCGAAGGAAGAAAUUCCUCAUCGAGAUUUUACAUUUACCACCAGAAUUGGGAGAGACCACUCAACGCGAGCAGGACGAUCUGGGCUGCUGCUCAUCAACUGGUCGCGGCGGCGGCUGCUCGAGCGGCAGUAGAGGGCAGAGCAAAUUAGAUUUUUAAAUAAAAUGCGUGUAUGUGUGUAUAGUGUGUACGCGAGCGAGUUGUGUGCGUUUAUACGCGCGCGAGCGCAAAAAAGUGAGCCACAUGCAUAAUGCAUUUUAAUGCGCACACGUGUGCGCUCGCUACCGUGUGCCUCUGUGCGAGUACGUAUAUAUAUGCAUGCGCGAGCGAUAUAUAGGUAGGUGCGUGCAACGCGUGGCCCAAUUAUGGGUUUAAAUUAACGCUUUUUUACGAUGCGAAUAAAACGAGGAGAGAAAGAGAGGGAGAGAGGAGAGGAUAGGAGAUAAGCCUACCUGAGCAGCCACAAUGAUGAUGAUGAUGCGCAUGAAAUGCGCUGCCGCCGAGAGCACGCGAAAAUUAGCGAAAUAAAAGCAUUUACGUAUGCGCGUAUAUUACGCGCUGUUGAUGUAUACACGUAUACGGACCAUGUAUAGACACAUAUAGGUAUACGGGGAACACGAGUAGCUAUUAUUUUUUAUACGGAUUGAUGCAGUUUGUUGCUGCCUCUUUGUUUGUUCAACGGAGCUGCAUCGAUAGCGACGUUUUUCCGUACUUUUGUAAAAAAAAAACUCUAUGUAUUACA